GACACGACCCGACCUGAACCGAACUGAAUCGAAAUUACAAGUAAUAAAGUUUACCUUUGAACCGAAUCACCAACAAGAGACACUACGUUAUUGUUGUUGGUUUUGUAACAGUUACUCAAGAAGUGGAGAUGAAUAUGAAAUUACAAAGUUUGACAUUUCACCGUGACCUUGAGAACAAGACAUCAGCCAAAUACAUCAAUAUGAAGCACUUAGUUUCAGUACAGAUUGAAGCUGUCUUCAGAAAAAAAUCCAAUAAAUYGGUUCAAAUCGUCAUCUUAGGCUUUAAAAAAGGAAGUGUUAUCGUUGACCUCAAAGUCUUGAUGAGUCAAGUGUUCACAUCUCCACAAGAAAAUCCUCCUGACCUUCAAAGUGAAGUSAAUGCUAUUAUGAUCGACCAAGCAAAUAAAGGGUCGUUUGGAAACCUCACAGUUGGUUCCCUCGUAUUGAGAGUUAAACCCCCACCACCGUCAAAUCUGCAGAUAGCUAACAGAAGAACUAAGUCCAUAACUAUCUCAUGGCAGCAUCCUGUUGGUCAGCAGUCAUAUCAAAUUCAACGGUAUAUCCUACGCAUGCGCAAACAAAGCCAACAGGAAUGGAAGACAAUAGAUGUAGGCAGCGACAUUAUCUCUCAUACAUACUCUGACCUCGAUGUAAACACUAGAUAUGAGUUUCAAAUAUUCUCAAGAAGCCCGAUGGGUGAUGGGAUACCUAGUGCCAUAUUGCUUGGUAGAACUUUGACAGUUGAUCCGAUUAUCGCUAACGACGGCCAGAACUUCACUGUGACAGUAGGUGAGUCGGUUGUGCUGGUAUGUCAAGGGUCAAGCGACCCGAGACCUCAAAAGGUUACUUGGUUGAAGAGAGCGUCAGACAACGAGAUUAGUACCAACAUUACAGGAAAUGGAAAGAUAUUGAAUAGCUACAUGACUAUACACAACGUUACACGUUGCCAAUAUGUGAGGGGUGUGCYACGUCACAAUGUCCUGGCUCCCGGACUUCAACAUGUUGUGCAGUCUCCCUUUGCGCUGAUUGGCUGCUUUCCUCUAGGAAUCAACUAG